CGGGAAGCGCACCCAGCACCCAGCCCGCUACAUCGCCGUCGUCACCAUGCCCGUCGUGUGCGGGGAGCGGCUGGUGCGCAACCACGGCCCCUUCCCGCUCAUCCAGUCCGAGGGCUACUGGAAGCAGCUGCCCGACACUCGCACCGUCCACGUCCCGCCCCCGGCUCCUGACGGGCCCUGCCCGCCGCCGCUAGACGCCGACCAGGUGCAGGCCCUCCUCCGCCACCAGGAGUACCUCCGCCUGCAGCAGGCGCGGGGCCGCGCGCGCAAGGAGGACGGCGCCGACAAGGAUGAGUCAGGGGUGCUGCCGGUGGGGCAGACCAUCGUGGACCCGACGGCGUCCCCGCGCUGGGCGGAUUGCCUCAGCCCCUGGGAGCGCCUCAACACGCACCACACCCUGGCCAGCGUCCGCCGGCACGCCCAGAUGCACCGCGCCUACGAGCCGCGGGACCAACUGGACUACGCCCUGUCCUCGGCCUACCACCACGACUCGUCGCUGUGGGCGGACGGCCGCGACGUGUGCCUCCAGCCCGAGACGCUGGGCCGGCCGACCUGGCGCGUGCUGCGCAACCUGAGGGUGCUGCCCGAGGACCCCGUCGAGGACCGCGGCCACCCGCUGCGGCAGAGCGGCCUCUCGUCCAAGGUGUCGGUGCACAGCGUCAAGCUGGCCAUCAGCGGCAACCACAUGUCGCAGACCAACGCGGGCUUCUCCAGGAAGGUGGACGGCACCUUCUACAGCUAGCCCUCCACCAGCUCCAGCAGCCCACUCCGGCCCAACGGCCUCGGGGCGCAGCUUCAGCCCCUUCAGCCUCGACGGCCAAGACGACACUAAUUGCAUUCAAGUGUACCCAUUCCACUUAACAGAGCUUACCGGUUCGGUCUAGUCUCCAUGUGAUAAACCAUACCUAGAAAUAAAUUACAAU